AUGUUUGAACGAAGUACUAUUUCUACCUUCUUAGUAGUCCUUAACGUUGUCUCAGCAAUCCAAAUAGAGUUUGAAAAUGGAAACCUGAUUUUUGAUUGGACACAUACAUCAACUUCCAACCACUCCUAUGACGUCAUAAUUACCCGUGACGGAGAAGCUAGCAAAAGAGUUGUUAACAGUAAAAUAUUCGUCGUCCAUGAUUUACUUAAUUUUUCUUCCGUUUCAAUCAGCAUUAGAGAAGACAAUAACGGGGUAUUCAAAUUCUACAACAGAACCUUCAAAGUCUAUGUAUUCUCCACAACAACCAAUAAAGACAAAUCUGUUUCCUGGAAAAUGCCGUACUUUCCAGAAAGUGGACACCUCUCCAUUUUUCAUAAAUAUUUGAGCACCGAACUUAUAUUUCGGAUCAGUGACCCAAAUGUUUAUUACAUGAAUCAAUAUAAGUACAAAUACUUGUCCAAUCCAGUGAAUUCUGUGUUUGUUAAUUUUACAAUUUUCAACUUAACACUCUAUGAUGCUGGGUUUUAUUAUGACCGUAUACAUCUUUCGGAUUUCAUAGAUUCUGGUGCAUUUUUACUGGUUUAUGGCAAGCCAACAAAACCUACCAUUUUUGGCCAAAGAAAGGUGAAAAUGGGAGUUUUCACAAACCUAACCUGUUCGAGUAAAUCUACGUCAACACCAUUUUAUUACAAACAAUUUCCACCAAUGAGAUACAGAUGGUUCGCGAAUAACACAGAAAUCAGUGAAUUCAUAGGAAAUGUCUAUACAUUUAAAGUCACGAACAUCCAUCGGAAUGUGCCAUUUACCUGUCAGUCCACAGAGAUAGAAUCUUCUGAAAUAAGCGAGACAUUUUCCUUUGAGGUAGUUGGAAAUGAAAAAGUUCAAAUGGCGACGGAACCUAGAACUGCAAUAUUGACAACAACAAAAACGUUUUUUGGAAAUGAAAAACUUCCAAAGACGACAGGAUCAGCAACUGCAAUAUUGACGACAAAAAAGUUUUCUGGAAAGGAAAAUCUUCCAAAGACGAGGGAACCAACAACUGUAGUAUUGACAACAACAGAAACGUUUUCUGAUGAAAAACACCUCUGUUUUGAUUCCCGUGAUAAAAUAAACACCGAGAUGAUGAUAGCGUUACCGUUAUGCAGCAUCAUUAUCAUAUUGAUAUUGUGGAUUGUCGUCCCCAAGUUGAAAGGAAGUAAAAUUUGUAAGAAGAGCUUUCACGGCCAAUCAUUGGGGUCCCAGUAUCUCACACCAAUAGUAGACUAUGACACCUUGCCAGUUAUAUAUAACAAAAAUAGAGCGGAUCAAUACCACGAGAUAAAUGAUGUUACCGUUUUAAAUAACACCGACGAAUAUGGUUACAUAGAAUUUUAGGACAAGCAAUUUAUUGAUGCAUUCACCGGUGUUAAAAAAUUCUAUUUGCAAUGUUGAGCAAUAUGCUUCAAGAAACAUUAUUCACCAA